GUAACUGUUUAAGCUAUUGCAAUUUCAAAUUCUUGUAGUUAGGUUAUUUUUUUGGGUUUUCUGAAUCUCACACCACUCGGUAGUAAUGAAUCCGAUUCCUUUUCAAUCUGUAGCACGGCCUCCUCCUCCGCCUUGGUUUCCGGUAUUACCGUCGGAACCACCGAAUUCGACUUCCUUUUGGGAGAACAGAAAUGUCAGCGAUCGCCUCAGGGAAUUGCAACACACUCUCAAUCUCGCAAAGGCAAUGCAGAAGGAGCUAGAAAUGUUGAUGAUGAUAAAAGAUGGUAAUGGGGCUGUAGAAGGUGGGAAACUUGUCACAGAUGAACCUUGCCUUUCUGGUUUUCUAAAAUGUGUAGAAGACGGAGGGGUUAGUGUAGAAUCCCAUGAAUCAUUUGCUGUGGAAGCAGCAAAUUCUUUGAUGUCAAAGCUAAGAGCUCAGCUGGAGCCUUUCCGGUAUGUUGCUGAUGAGGCAAGUCCAUGGGAGGAGAAAUCAGCUGUGGCUAGGCUUGCAAAUAAAGUAAACAAGUCUAAACGGAAUAAACUAUGGAGGAAGAAAAAGAGGAAACGUGUUGCGGAGAUGAUUGCAAAGGAGCGUGAGCAAUUUCAACAAAUCGACAGGGAGGCCGAUGAUUGGGUUGCUAGGGAAAAGGCCAAGGAAAUUGCUAACAGCAAGGUAUUGAAGAUGAAAGAAAUUGCGAAGUCUAAGGCCAAAGAAGAGAAGAAGAAACUAGAGGCUGAGCUUGAGCUGCUCUUGGUAGUGGAGAAGCUUCAGGAGUUACGCUCCAUAAGAAUACAAAGGUUGAAAAAACAAGGCCAUUUUCUCCCAGAGGAGGAUGACAAGUUUCUUGAGAGAGUUCAAGCUGCAGUGGAAGAAGAGGAGCGUGAAGCUUUGGCUGCAGUUGAAGCAGAUGCUGCUAAAGAAGCAAUUGCAACUGCUGAGGAAUCCAGGAAAGCUAUUCAGAAUCAAGGGAAACUGUCAAAAGAAGGCAAUGAUGAUAGUGAAGUAAAGGAGAACAAAGAGCAAAUAGUUCCCAAUGUGACUGAAGACGGAUCUGGUGCAUUGGAUCAGAAUACAUCCAGUAAAAUAGGACAGAUCAGUGGAGGAGCAUAUGAUCCUUUGGCAAAUUUACCCAUUGAGUUCUACCAUUAUUAUCAUGGAAGCAACAAUGAUAUGGGUACACUUAUUGAGGUUAGAAGAGGAUGGGAUGCCUAUAUCAGACCUGGAGGAAGCCGCAUACCUGGGCACUGGGUUCAGCCUCCUCCACCAGCUAAUGAGAUAUGGGCAUCUUACUUGGUGAGGCCUAGAUGAUUAGUUAACAAAUCAACAGUUUUGUACAAAGAUGUUAUCCCCUCAUAUGGUAAGUUUUGAAGGUUUUACCUAUGUUCCUGGCCAACCUAAGCUAUAUGCUUUGUGGUGGCAUGUUUAUAUAUUUGUAACUUCCUCAUCAUGUAUUCAGUUCAUACGUUGGUAAUCAUUAUUGUUAAAAAUAUAUUUCAAAUAUCAUUAAAUUCAAACAAAAUAUA